AAAGGGCACAAGAAGGGCAACAAGCUAUCAGCCCGGCCUAUGCCUUGCACUAGCCGCAUCAUUGCCUAUAGCCCUGUUCGUCACUCGCCGUUCGACGUAGUGCCGGAGAGUUCGUGGGCCACCCUCCUUCCGUUACGAUCCUUCUACGAGCUGUCGUCUCUCUAGCCAUCCUUAAACUACACUAUCCUCUUCGGCGACACCUCAGGUGCCGCUUCCAGCUAUACCUUCACUGUCCACCGCUGCCCGUCUGAAGCAUUGUUCAGCACAUCGUCCCUCCACCGAUAUCCUCCGUUUAAGACCGUCCUACGUUUCCCAGCAUACUCCCUGUGACUAGUCCCAGCCCCAACGCACCCUUGUUCUACCAAAGUAUCAAUACCACCAAACCCGUCAUGAAGCCCUGGCGUCCCUGGGUCCGUAAAAAGAUUAAAGCCGGGGUCGACCCAGAGCCUGGUACCGAUUCAGCGAAACGAUUUCCCCCCGAUGAGCCAGACGACCGCGGCGACAGGGCAGCGCGGGUCUGGGCAGUGCUUUCGAGACUAUUCGAGCUCGCGAUCAAACCGCGGCGGCGAAACGGUAAGGGGAAGGGAAAGGAUAUAACCGCGGGGCUCGAUGUUGUGAUGCGGCUUGAGGGAGACGAGCCCGCCCAGCAACGGCUGGCGACGGUGACCCUCGACACCCAGUGCGACCGGAUGAAUCUGAUGAGUUUGCGUGUUUGGAGGAGGCUGAACGAGGGCCGUGGUGCGUUGGACCGCGUCGACGACGUCGCUGUGCGCACCCUGGGGUCAGAGAGGAUCGGGAUUCUAGGCAUUGUUCGAGGAGUCGAAUGGCGCUUCAGGGGGGGGUCGAAGACUUACAAAUCCGACUUCUAUGUAGCCGACAUAGGUGGGUUUGACGUCUUGGUAGGGAGUGAGACCAUCCUCAGGUAUGAUUUGCUGAGGCCCGGCAGCGACCUUGAGCGUUACUUCAAUGAAAAUGAACGCUGAAAUGCAGAACUGCGCUUCAUGAGAGCAUGAGCAGACCAGAUAUUUGACAUUUGCAUGGCAGGAGUUGGGGGCUCUUUAAUUUGAUUUGAUUUGUUGUGUUUUGCGUAUCAGAAAAGCCUCAGUGCUCAUACGUCGGACUGGGUUGGCAUACUGUACUAUAGAAAUAAUAGCC